UUAGAGGGCGGAAUAUUCUAUGUCGUGAUGAAAAUAGAGGAAAAAUGAUGUUGAAAAUAUUAUGAAAUUAAAUUGUUUUGGUAUCGCUGUGUAAACUUUUUUGGUAGUUCGCCACUAUGUCAUCAGAUGUAAAGGAACUGUCACCUGUUCCAGUGGUGGAAAGCUCGCCACUCCCUGGUGCUGAUACAUCAAGUCUACCGAGGCAGAACUUGAUCGAAACUGCUGUCAAAUUUCUCCAGAAUCCUCAGGUACAGUCAAGUGCGGUCACAGCUCGCAAAGCUUUUUUGAUAAAAAAGGGACUAACGGAAAAGGAGAUUGAACUCGCACUUGAGAGGUCAGGGGUCAACACCAGUAAUCAGCUUGUUGCCGCUCACCCAAACCCAAUAGCACCACCGCAGCCAGCCACUCAACAAAUCGCUCAUUACCGCCCUCAAGGAUGGCGUGGCUAUACCACCCUCGCUGUCGUAGUUGGAAGUGUUGCAUUCUGUAUUUACAAGUUCUAUCAGAAUGUCAUAGCUCCAUUGUUGAGGAGGAGAAGAGAAGAGGUUGAAGCCCUGACAGCAAUGGAGGAAGCCAUUCAACAACUCAAAGCAAGUGUGACGGAAACCGUCAGUGAAGUUCAGAAGAUUGUCGGUGGUUUAAAAACGACACUGAAUAAUCAGGAACAGAAACUGGAUCAGCUGACGUUGGAUGUCGCACGCAAUAAAUCAAUGGCGGCCACCGUCAAAAGCAUCGACACUAGCGAGAUAAAGAGCGAACUUGUUUCACUUAAAGGACUGUUGCUAAGCAGAAACCAAUUUCCACGUACACCUAAACCAAGCCCAAUCCCAGCUUGGCAGAUGGCUGCUAGUAAAACAGGCGGUGAUGAUGCGACAACAGAGACCACGUUGGCAUUGACUGCUACAUUACCAGCAGCGAACAAGACGCCAGAUGAUUCCACAAAUCAUGUUGAUAGUCAAGACAUUGAAGCCGAACAAAUCAGCGAGAGGGCUGGAUCACUGGAUGAGUCGACACAGUUAUCACCAUCCCAAGUGGAAACACCAUUGCAAACGGUAACCGAUGGCCAAGUGAAGAUUGCUCGGUCUUUAAGUGGCUCGUUUGACAGCUCAAUCAGCCCAAGUAAGAUUUUACAAGGUGCCACUGCACCAUCUCAGAAUGGUGUUGUAUCAAAUAAUGGUCACAUGGCGAGUGGCGAAAGUUUUCCGCUAUUGAAUGAUCACCAUAGCGAUUCUAAUCAGAGCGAUGAUUCGGUUGACUGAAUUUAGAAUAUGUGAAAGAACUUUUAUAAAAAAUUUGAAAUCAUGAGCUGAUAAUCAGUCAUUGAAUUGUGAAUUUUGAGAUGAAGAUGAAUGCUGCUGAUCUCAUUUUAUAAUAGACGGAUUAACUGAUUAAUUAUUACCGGCAGAAAUCUUUCUGAAUUACAAAAGCAAAAUUCAAUUUUAAUAACUAACAAAGUGUGUGUUAUAAUUUUUAAUUGAUAUGGCGAUAAUUUCACGUAAAAAAUAUGAGUAAAUAUGAUAUAUAGAGCAAUUGAAGACUUAAAUAGAAUUGUAGAUUGGUGGUUUCACCCCCAGUUCAAGGGUUCUAUGGGCUUGGGUCAUGUCAUGUGAAAAACCAGGAACUCCAUUCAUUAAUUCUCAAUAACAACUUCAAACACAACGUCAACUGACAUACCGGCUUGAGAAAGCUUCCACUGUGGAAGCGAAACGUCGCUAGAUAAAGUAAGUGUUUACCAUUGGAUUUUCUUUAAGGAACAUUUGAUAUCAUGAACGAUAAAUAAU